UAUGACUUUUCCUAAACCGUGAUGACAUUAGCUCUUCUGGAGGUGAGCAGCCUUCCUGGUGUGUAUGGAUGGGGUCUGAACCCACUCAAUCCAGUCCAAACAGCGCACCCCUUCAUUGAGAUCAUUGAGCAACCCAAGCAGCGUGGCAUGAGGUUUCGGUACAAGUGUGAAGGCCGUUCAGCGGGCAGCAUACCUGGAGAGAAGAGCAAUGACACUACAAAAACACACCCAGCCAUUAAGGUGCACAACUACAGCGGCCCCCUGCGCGUUCGCAUCUCACUUGUGACAAAGAACACGCCGUACAAGCCUCAUCCGCACGAGCUGGUGGGGAAAGACUGCAAGCAUGGCUACUACGAGGCCGAUUUGCAGGAGAGGCGAAUACACAGUUUUCAGAACUUGGGCAUCCAGUGUGUGAAAAAGAAGGAUGUGAUUGAAGCCAUUACCUGUCGGCUCCAGACCAACAACAACCCCUUCAACAUUCCCGAGGCCAAGGUGUGGGAGGAGGAAUUUGACCUGAAUUCGGUGCGGCUCUGCUUCCAGGCGUCCAUCACACUGCCCACGGGAGAGCUCUUCUCCCUGGAGCCUGUAGUGUCACAGCCAAUCUUUGACAACAGGGCCCCAAACACUGCUGAGCUGAAAAUCUGCAGAGUGAACCGCAACUCUGGGAGCUGCAAAGGCGGUGAUGAGAUCUUUUUGCUGUGCGACAAAGUGCAAAAAGAGGACAUUGAGGUGCGCUUCUUUCAGGACAGCUGGGAGGGAAAGGGUACUUUCUCCCAAGCGGACGUCCACAGGCAGGUGGCCAUUGUAUUCCGCACGCCGCCGUACCGCCACACCAACCUCACUGAGCCCGUGCGGGUUAAAGUGCAGCUACGUCGGCCGUCGGAUCGCGAGGUCAGCGAGCCCAUGGAUUUCCAGUACUUGCCUGCUGACCGGGAUGAAUACAGUCUGAGUGAGAAAAGAAAACGCACUGCUGAUAUGUUCCAGAAUAUUAAACUGGGACCUGUGCUGUCUACAGUGUCCAUUCCACCAGACAGGCGACAUAUUAGUCCAGCCCGGAGGCCUGUGGCAACAAAAACUUCAUCCAUGGCCCAAGCUUUGCCCCCUUGUGCCAGUGUAGCCAAACAGCAGCCGCCCCUUUCGUACAUGCAGCAAAGCCAGAUGUUCUCAUGCCAGCCCAAAGUCCAGGCCUCUGCUUCUUCCAGCUCGGCCACCAGCCAAACGUGGAAGAUCAUGGAGAGCUUGAACCUGGGCCCACAGCCCAAAGUCACUCCAGUGGUGACUCUCGGCAUGAGCCAAUCAACCGCUUCUUCGUCAUCUUCCAACCAGGACUACUCCACCGUCAAUCUGUCAGACCUUCAGGAGUUCUUCCCUAACAUCUCCUCGGUCAUCACCCAGGAGCCGGCAGCCUCAACGCAGUCGGCCAGCUCCUUCUCUUACCAGGGUUCUCAGUUCCCGGCUGACGCGUCUCUCGCUGAGGAUGAGUUCCCUGACUUUUCAGAAGACCAGGCUCCAGGAACGCUGGACAGCCUAGAUAUGAAUGACUUUGUGGACCUUUUGAAACCGGUGCACGAGAGUGGCAAUGGUGCCGCCGGUCAACAAACGGCGAUGGCAUCCCAGAACACUCCAGACCUGGCUGGCAACCCAGGAAGCACUUGGAUGAAUUAUCCCAACAGCAUUGUCACCCUGCUGCAGAACGAGAGCAUGAUGGACGUUUUAUCUAACAACAACAACAGCAGCAGCAGCAACAGCAGAAGCCAGCGGCGGCCUGCUCUGCUGGAAGAAUAUGAAGACCUCUUUUCAGUGGACGAGGAUCAUCUAAUUUCCAUUUUAGCCAGUGAUAGCAAGCUGGGUUUGUGUCAGGACACCCCACCUAAAAUAGUCACUCACACCACUUGUGUAUUUUUAGCCUCUUUUUUAUAAAGCUAGGAAGACAUGAAGGCCACACCAGCAGACUGUUGAUUUUCAGGGGGGAAACCACAAACAAGGCCUUGUUGUUUAAGUAUUUUAAAUGACAGGUCACUAUUAAUGCACAAUGACUGAUGGAAUACUUUCAUCAUUACACUUCAAUAAGUGUACUGUGUAGACUUACUUCCUGAUUACACACAUUUGUGUGCUGUCCCAAAUUGAUAUACAUCAUCAUUUACUGGUCGGAAAUGACAGUCGCAAUAUUUACCUGCUACUACUUCUCUUCUUUUUAAUACUGAAUACUGAAUAAUUCCCACCCCCGCCCCUACGUAGCCAAGACAGCCACUGUGGUAAUUAAACAGAUGUAGUAAAUGGUAAAUAGAUGGCAAGUGACCGGCAUUGAACACCCAUUAUUUUGGAUGUUUAGUGCAACAUCUAGCUACUGACAUUUUGCCAUACAUGUCAGUGUGAAUGCAAUUUUUGCACAAAAUGAGACACAAUUGAGACACAGCCAAAAGAGAUGAUCAGUUCUAUGUUUCAGUGUGUAUGUGCCUGCAUACAGUAGGCAAACGUGCUCCUCUCCCUGCAAACCUUCUCGCAUGGUGUGACGCCGUCUUUGGUCAUUUCUUUUUUAAAGUACAUUACUAGUAUAUCUUUGUUCAGAGGCGUACAGCCCACCUCCUCCGGUUUUGGAAUCAACAUUUGCAAUAAAAGGGACUAACGUUCAUUAGCAACAAAGGAAGCUAACAAGCCAGCUAAUUAUUGAGUACGGGAAGUUGAGUUGAGUUGACUCAUCAGAAGACAACACCCCUAGCAUGUCAGUGAAAUGCACAGCAUAUGUUCAACCCCAGCGCAGAAAGUGUAAACCAGGAAGUCUAUGCACCCAUUUUUUUUUUCAAAUACUCCUCGUAUUGCUUUUCUUGAACAAAAAUGAAGGUCUACUUUGUAAAUAUCUCACAAAGAAAGACUGAUUUUUAUCACUUAUUUUACACCAAAAAUGGUGGCAGACAAACAAAUUCAGAAUUGUAGGUCAGGGUCGUUCAAAGUGCAGCCCAAUGGCUUGUGGUACAUUGUUAAACACACCACAUGUAACAGGAAAAAAGUUACAUUCAAAUACAAAACCCAAUUCCAAUGAAGUUGGGACGAUGUAUAAAUUAUGAAUAAAAACAGUACAAUUAUUUUUCAAUCUAAUGUAUUAAAUUUAAUACACUACAAAGACAGAAUGUUCAAACUAGUAGACUUUGUUUUUUUUGCAAUUAUUACCUCAUUUGGAAUUAGAUGCGGACGAGUGGUUAGCGCGCAGGCCACACAGCAAGGAGACCCGAGUUUGAUUCCACCCUCGGCCAUCUCUGUGUAGAGUUUGCAUGUUUUCCCCUGUGCAUGCGUGGGUUUUCUCCGGGUACUCCGGUUUCCUCCCACAUUCCAAAAACAUGCUAGGUUAAUUGGCGACUCCAAAUUGUCCAUAGGUAUGAAUGUGAGUGUGAAUGGUUGUUUGUCUAUAUGUGCCCUGUGAUUGGCUGGCGACCAGUCCAGGGUGUACCCCGCCUCUCGCCCAAAGACAGCUGGGAUAGGCCGGGAUACCCGAACAUAACAAUAAUUAUGGUUUUUUGGAACAACACGUUCCAAAAAAGCUGGGACAUGUAGCCAAAAAGACUGACAAAGUUGAGGAAUGCUCAUGAAACACCUAAUUGGAACAUCACACAGGUGAACAGGUGGGUGCCAUGAAUGGGUAUAAAAGGAGCUUCCCUGAAAUGUCCUUCACAAGCAAGAAUUGGGUGAGGUUCACCACUUUGUGACCCGCAUGAGCGAAUGAACUGUUUAAGAACAAUGUUUCUUAACGAACAAUUGCAAGGAUUUUGUAGGUUUCAUCAUCUACGGUCCAUAAUAUCAUUAAAACGUUCCAAGAAUUGGGAGAAAUCCGUGCAUAUCAGCGGUGAAGGCUGAAAACCAACAAUGAAUACCCGUGAUCUUGGAUCCCUCAGAUGACACUGAAGAAUGGGACAGAAUUCCACAGCUUCAACAAUUAGCGUCUUCAGUUCCUAAACGUUGGAGUGGUGUUAAAAGGAAAGGUAAUGUAACAGUGGUAAACAUGCCCCCUGUCCCAACUUUUGUGGAACAUGUUGCAGCCUUGGCGGCAUGGCGGUCUAGUGGUUAGCGCGCAGACUUCACAGCUAGGAGACCCGGGUUCAAUUCCACCCUCGGCCAUCUCUGUGUGGAGUUUGCAUGUUCUCCCCGUGCAUGCGUGGGUUUUCUCCAGGUACUCCGGUUUCCGCCCACAUUCCAAAAAAAUGCAAAGUUAAUUGGCCACUCCAAAUUGUCCAUAGGUAUGAAUGUGAGUGUGAAUGGUUGUUUGUCUAUAUGUGCCCUGUGAUUGGCUGGCGACCAGUCAGUCCAGGGUGUACCCCGCCUCUCGCCCGAAGACAGCUGGGAUAGGCUCCAGCAUCCCCGUGAGGAAAAAGCGGUAGAAAAUGAAUGAAUGAAUGUUGCAGCCUCAAAUUUUUCAGUUAUAAUUAUACACAAAGUUUAGGUUUGAACAUUAACGGUCUUGUCUUUGUAGUGUAUUCAACCGAAUAUAGGUUGAAAGGGAUUUGCAAAUCAUUGUAUUCUGUUUCUAUUUAUGUUUAAAACAAAUUCCAACUUCAUCAGAAUUACGUUUUAUAGUUAAGAAAUAUUAGUUUUGUCUGCGAUGACACAGAUGCAGGCUGUUUUUUCUGGAUUCACUGGAUUGGUUUUGGCCUGUUUUCACACUUAAAAAAAAAAUCUAAAUGCCUUUUCAGUAUUCCCAGGGCUGAUCACAACUGGACUGUUAUGGUUAUCUUAAGAGCUCUUUGGCUUCAUCAGUUCAUUCUCAAACUUGGGCAUGUCUUUACUUUUAGAGCAGGGGUGUCAAACUUAUGCCAUGGAGGGCCAUUUUCUUUCCAGCCGGUCACUUUUAAUGAUUAACCCUCCUUUGGUUUGAGGGAAGGAGCUUGUCAAUGAAAUCACCUGCUGGAGAAACUGGUUGGAAAAAAAAACCUGCAGUGCUUCGGCCUUCUUCCUUAAUUCCAUUUUGUAGUUGUUAUAGUCUCCUGAAAGACUCAUUUUUACGGAUUUAAAUGUAGCAUUAAUACAUUUUUAAUACACCCACCAAAUUAUUUGAGUGAUAAUUUUACAUUCAAAGGCCUUAAUUGCUCAUAUGAGAGGCCAAAUGUCUGAACAGUCCAGUUGCAAUUAAUACCCUGAGAAAACAAUGCUUUAAUGAAUGAGAAUGCUCACAAGACUUGCAGGCUUUUCAGUAUGUGGUCCUAUGUGAAAAAUGUUGGUUCUUAUGAUUUUAUAUAUAUGGAUAUGCACAUGUGUGUGUAAUAUGUAAUAAAAGAUGUAUAGCGA